UAAAUUUUAAAUACAUUAAAAUGUUAUGUUUAAUAAAUCAUUAAUAUUUUUAUUUAUUACCUCAGUGUUUACUAUAUCCAUAAUUUAUUCGGUGCAUACUACACAAAAGAAUGAUUUAAAGAAAUUAAGACAAGGUGUUAUAAAAGACAUUGAAAGGCAAAAACAAAAUAAAUAGAUGGAAUCUGCAAAUAGUCACAGCAGCAGUGAUGAAGAUGAAAAUAUGAUUGAUUUAAAAGAUUGUGAGGAAAUUAUUGAACUGAAUGAUGAAGAUAAGGAUGCUGAUGUUUGUUCCUUAGAGGAAAAUUUGGACGACAUAAACAUAGAAAAAAAUUUAACAAGCGAUAAUGAAAUAUUAUUUCAAAAUCACACUAAACCUAUAUUUUCUAUUGAUUUAUACAUGGAAAAACAUCUUAUAGUCACAGGUGGUGAAGAUGAUAUGGCCUACAUAUGGGAAUUUUCAUUUGACAAUCAACACAAUCCUUACAUACCCAUAACUGGCCACACUGAUUCAGUUAUUUUUGCCAAAUUUGACUCCUCUCAUCUUUAUUUGGCCACGGUUGAUAUGUCAGGCAAAAUUAUAGUAUAUCUCUUGGAACACAUUAUCAAAUCCUUUUUAAAUGAAUCUAUUCUGUGUAAAACAGAUAAUAACUGCAAAUUAACACAUCAUUUAAACUCAAUAGAAGGAGAUGGAAUCUCCCAAAUGCUGGGUACAGAUCAAAAGAUGAAUGAUGAGGCUACUGAGGAGACUUAUAAUGGUUAUUUCUCCCGGAAAAAUCCCAGAUUUAAAGCAAACAAGCCUCUAAAACCAGUUUAUACCCAUGAUCUUGAAACUGACAUAACUUGGGUUCAAUGGGGAACAUCACCUGAGCCCCGUUCGCAUCCUAAACUCAUUAUAGGAACUGAAUUUGGACCUGUGCACUCGCUUGACUUAUCUUUCCAUUUGUCCAAGGAUAAAGGAGUGAAAGGAAAAGACCUGGACCAAGAAUUACUGCAUGAGCAGAUAUUCGCCGAUGGUAGACUUGCCCGGGCCAGUGCUUGUAGAUGCCUUCCUGAUUCCAAUUCCGAUACUUUUGUAGUAGGUUAUUCUGACGGAGCUCUCAAAAUUUGGGGUCCUUCAAAUUAUUCCUUAUCUUUAUUCCCCACUUACUCCCAUUCUUCCAAACCUAUACAGCCAAAAUCUGAUGCUAAAUCGUCUCAUAUCCCUAGACCAGAAAUCACUUGUAUUGAAGUCUACCUUCCUCCUAUAAAAAACAAUCGCUUAUUACAAAACCCGAAUAUGUCUGGAAUUCUGCCAGAUUAUUACGUUAUAUCCGGUGACGCAGAUGGCGGUAUGGAACUUCACAACGGCGCUGACGGGAAACACCUAGGCUCAUUUAAUAUGGUUGACAAUCACGUGACUCAAGAUCAAUUGUUGUCUGUAGAGACUCUGAGUAUUGCCACUAACACUGGCCAUUCUACUGAACAGGUGAUGAUGUCGGCCCAUUUGAGUGGUUACAUAUGUGUGUGGGACCUUAAAAGAAGGAAUAUAAGGAACUUAUGCAAGGCUCACUCCGGCGUUACUAAAGCUCAAUGGCUCUCCGAAGAACCAAACCUGGCUCACAUAAUAAUAUCGGCUCAUUUAGAAGGCUAUAUAUAUCUAUGGGACAGCAGAACUGGAGCGUCGUUAAAACAGUUUAGACCCCAUGACCUCGAUAUAUUGGACUUUGUGGUUUCUAGUGAUGGGAAAUAUAUAGCAACCUGUUCCGAAGAUGCUCGCGCUAAAUUGAUUGCUUUAGAACUCUGAAGAAAAAAAAGUAGAACAUACCAUUUCUUAUAUUCAUCGAUGAUCGGACACAUUGUGAUUCAACGCGGUGGUGUUUGUACAAAAAUAAUUGUCAUGUCUGUAAAUAUGUAAACUAAUUUCGCGUUAUAAAUUUAUAGCUAAAUAAAAAAAAUUGUAUUUUAAUUUUUCAUAACUUUUUUAUUAUUAUUAUUAUCUAAAUUUAUUUUUAAAAAAAUAUAUGUUCGCCUGCCAAUUUUACUAACCUUUUAAGCUCGACUAACUCAUUACUGUGAGACAGACAUUAUGGCCUGGACUUAUAUCUAAAAAGUUAAUAAAUGAUGUUCCUCCAA